AUGACACAGCAUCUUGGUGAAGGUGAAAGCAAAGGCCUUAAGAAAAUCAAAAGUGACAUGGAGUCCCUUAAGAACAACCAGGGCAAAGGUAUCACUGACAAUUUGGGUGAGAUGAGCUCAGCCAUCCAAACUGCUGGUGCCUAUGCCGGAUGGUAUCUGGGUCAGCUAGAGACUCCACAUAUUGAUCGCAAACUCAAAGGCAUACAAGAUGGUCUCGACAACCUCCGACUCACCGAUCUGGCCGAAGCCAUCACCAUGUGUGACAACUUCCUUGACAAAGCCGACGAGAUAGAGAGGAACACCAUCGAUGCCCUUUUGAAGCACGUCGACAAUGAGGUGUACGACGCCAUCAAGGACCUCACCAAGGAGGCCCGUGGGAUGUAUGUGGACUCGGUGAGGGAGGCGUUGGAAUUGUUUGCCAAAAAAGUCAACGGAGAUUUGGAGAAGAUGCAAAAUGAGAUAAACAGGGAUAGGUACAUGGGCUAUAAAGGGUUCAUGAGGUACUUGCAUCGUCCGCUGAGUUCUGAUCUAACAGGCCACGAACAGAGCGUCGCAGAGUUAUCAUUUGCAUUCCAGGAGAUCGUCGAGCAAAUGGAGACGUAUCUCCAAGGGGAAAUCACCAGGCUGCACGAUGAGCAGAACAAGGAGAAGAAUCCCUCUUUGCCACCGAUGGAAGAGCCAUACACGCCCAAGCUUAAUGAUGUUUAUGAAGCGCUCACAUCGUUGCUCGACUACCUUAGAGACAAUGAUGGCGGUACCGACAAACUCACCGAGCUGGUUGAGAGGCUGACUAACACGCUGAGUAAUUUGGCACCAUCCGACUUCAAGCACUCGUCCACUCCGCUGCUGGAUACUGUCUCUCUCGGUCUCAACAAAUUUGCCGCUGAGUUUCACAACUCUUACAUCUCCGCCUACUCCGGUCAGCAGUGCAAGGAUGAGCACGCCCACAAGUACGCCAAGGUGUUACUGAGCAUGAUACCUAUGACGCACAAAGCGCUUCACAAGUUGGCGACGAAAUGUGAGAAUGAGUGGAAAUAUCUUCAUGUUAGCAUGUUCACCGCUGACGACAGGGACAACGCCCUUGGCAACUACCUCACCCGGUGCGGGUACAGGGUGUCUAGUUCCGACAGUGGGCAAGACGGCGAGUUGAACAACAUGUUUACUGGCGGUGGGAUUUAUGAAGUUCUUACCACCCCGAUGGAGGGUGUAGCCAUCGAGAUGAUGAUUGACAAUGAGCCGCUAAAAAAUGUGAUUAACUUGGUCCACAUCAUGUCGCUGCUCCACAACCUCUUAUGCCGCUACCUCCAGGUCUGCCACCUCUACGUUCCCCCUGAACCAAGAUACCCGUGCACAGUCAGGGACAUGCUGUCGUGGCUCUCCGGGCUGCAGUAUACACAGGUGGCGGACAAGCUGCCUGGCCACUGCAAGGCGUUGCUCAACCGCCGAUGCCACGAUGGCGACUUACCCAACAAGGAGGAUCCUGUCAUGGCCAAGUGCAUUGGUGAGCUACCAUAUACCAUCGCAUCUGCCUGUUCACGCUCGACUGCUUUGCUCAUCGCCAUCCAGGGCAACGGGCACGGCUUCGACCUUGCCGCCUACCCGUAUUCAGUGGACUUCUCCAACAACCGUGCCAAGCUAUACUACCCCGCUGACCCAGACGCACUGCUUGAUAUGCUACGUGAGAUAGCAUGCCGCCUUUGUAAAGUGCUCCAUUUCCUGUACUCCCAGUGCUGCCGCAGCACCGCCCGGGUCAAGGGGUGGCGGGAGUGCGCGUACGGCCGGCAGGUGCAGUCACACCACUGGCAGUGUAAACAAAUCGGCACUUACUCUAGUACUAUCAGUACUACUACUGCUGCAACUACUACAACUACCAGUUCCUCCACCAUUCACGGCUGCCCUCCCACCUCGCCGCUCCAGUCGUUCCUCUCUGACAGCUGCCACGGACUUCUGCCUCAUACCCUCACUGCAUCUGACAUGACCAUCGAAUGUGCCAACUGUGCCGCAAACCAACCCGGACAGCAGUGCCCCACUCCGCUCGGCUUUUGGGACCUGGGCUUUGGCGCUUCCAUGAGUGGUACCGGGUGGGAUCUCGCCAAGCGCCUCGGCAACAUGUGCCGUGACGCCGACUCAUGCCUGUUCAUGCUGUGUCGAACUCUGUUCUGUCUGUGCCCCACUGCACCCUCAUCACUCGCCGACGUGUUUGCAUUGUAUGCUCAGGUGCUACGGAAGUGGGACUCUCAUGACCGUGUUAAGCACCGUGGCGGCAGUUACACUGACGCCUCCGAUUUCAUAUCGCACCUCAACACCGACGGCAUCGACAGCCUCUUCCCACUGUGGACACAGCUCCACGGCAGUUAUGAAAAUCCAAAGCUCACCAGUGCCAUCGCAUCGCUCGCUGGCCAUGACCAUAAGAACCACGAUGCACUGUCGAGCCUCUUCAACGACACCACCUGCCUAUCGCCCAGUGGAUGCGCUCCCUACCUCCAACCCCUAGGCCUCCACGCCCGCCACACCUACCCGCAGAAGCACGCCGGGCUAUACAUCACGUGGAUAAUGUACCUGGCAUGGCAGUUCUGGGAGUUGCUUUGUGAACUACUGCAGGCGCUGGACAACAUCGACUGCACGGCGUCCGGGUGCGCCACAUGCCCCUGCCAACCCGGCACCCACGGUGGGAAAUACGCCUGCCACUGCCCAUCACUUGUCCAGUGCGCCGGACCACUGCCAACACUCUACCGCUACGGAUUUACAUAUCGCAACGCAAAUCUCCUGGUCAGUGACAACCGUGACAUUCACUGCGGAGACCUCAACACACAACUCAAAGAGGCACUGCACUCCGAUUACUUCACCGAAUUGUUUCGACAAAUCGACCAACUCAUUUGGCACAUACGGAUGCCCUUCUUCUAUAGCCUGGUAGCGCUAUGGUCUCUCGUGGCGGUGUACAUACUCCACACUUUCCUCUACCGCAUGGAUAUCCUACGCAUCAGGUCACAUCUCCUGAACACGAAGGCCUCCCAUCUCAUCGAUGUUAAGGCGCUACUCAUCCCGAGCAGAAAAAUGCAAUCGCUGUACAAUGCCAGUUACUUCGACGACGAUCCCGACGAGCUACUCAACUUAAAGUAG